AUGAGUUCCAAUGAGGAAGAUCCAAUCUCCAAGGCCUUUCUAGGUUUAGCAGAAUGUGAAAUUGAAACCAAUAAAGUGGAAAAAAAAAUUGAAGAAUAUAGACUUACACAAUUAAAACCUAUUUAUACAAAACGUGAUGAAAUAAUAUCUAAUAUCCCAGGGUUUUGGAAAAUUGUACUUUCUCAACAUAAUGAUUUUGCCAAUUAUAUUAGAGCUAGUGAUUUUAAAUAUAUUGAUAAUAUUGAAUCUAUUAAGAUCGAUUGGAUCAAUUCUAACAAUUUCCAUAUUAUAAUUAAAUUCCAAGGUAUUCGUGAUGAUUUCCCUGAACAAACUAUUGCAAAGAAAUGUCAAAGAAUCAUUAAAGAGGAAAGUGACGAUCUUGAUGAAGAUAUCGAAGAACAAAUCAUUAGUGAAAAAAGUGAAAUUGUUUGGCCCAAAAGUUAUAAUCAUAUCAACCCAGAAUUAAUUGAAGAUAAAACCACUAAAGAGGGCAAAAAAAAUUAUCGAAUGGGGAUGAAAAGUUUUUUCGGUUGGUUUAAAUGGACUGGUUUAAAACCUGGGAAAGAAUUUCCACAUGGUGAUGGAUUAAUACAAUUAAUUGUUGAUGAUUUAUAUCCAUACUGUGUACGUUAUUAUACAGAAGCUCAAAGAGAUCUAGCUGAUGAAGCUAGUGAUAGUGGAUCUAGUGAGGACGAACCAUUAGACUUGCAAGAGUGA